AUGGAUUUUGAGAAUUUAAUUCAACGUUACCGCGAUACCAUUAGUUCACAUAUUCUUACAAUUUGCCAAACGAAGCGCGUUAAAAGAAGCGAAGAAAAUAAAGAAAAUGAAUAUAGAGAAAAUGAAGAUUUAGACCUCCAAGCCGUAGAUCCUGAAGCUGAACCUUUAUCUUGGGGUUGGGUAUGUGCUAGAGUUGCAGAAAUGCUAAUACAUACUCCGCAUGGACUAACUGAGCCUGUUAUCCUAAACCAGUUGCUUUCUGAGUGGCAAGAGACGAGCGUAACUUAUCGAAAGGGUGUACCUAAAAAUAAUAGAUCAACAGUUGACAUGUUUGUCCCUCCUAGACUUUGUCGGUUUAUAGAUGGAGGGUAUUAUCCGAAUUUAUUUGAUAAAAAAUAUCGCCAAAUCAGAUUUAAUCGCGCGUCUUUGUCAAAAACGGCAUCAAAUUUAACUUUUCUACAUACUUCAAACAUUAUAACAGUGUUAAAUCCCUCUGAAGAAAUUUUGGUAGAUUCAUUGUUUACUGAUUCAAUUGCCGAUGUUUCAUCAACUGAUAUUAAGAAUGGAAGAGGUUAUCAGUUUUGGACAAGGGUGGUGCAUAUCGGAGCUAAAGAGCCUGCAGAUUUACCGGGUUUUUGUAAUAAAGUAUGUGUUUACGUGCGUGACAUGUCAAGUUCACAAUGCGCCAACUUGGUUUUAUUGGACGAUAAAAUACGCAUGACCACAUUAUUCAAAACGGGAGACUUUUUGGGAAUUCAUUGGCCGUAUAUUGAUAUUGAAGAUACAAUUCAUGAUGAAAUUAUUCUUCAUUACGGAGAUUUGACGGUUUUGUUUUGUCUACCAAUGAGUGAACUUUGUAAGUAUAUGAUCGACUAUAAAUUUCACUAUGAUCGUUUUUUCAUUAAAACCCUACCUUCACGAGGAUUAAAUGUAACUCUUUAUGGUAAAGUUGACGAUAUUUUAAAUAAUUCUCCAUUAAUUUUGAACAAUGGCAAGCAAAUAGACCGAUAUUCUAUAAAGUUUAGCGACAAGACUGGAAGCCAACAAAUAACACUUUGGGGAAAAGUUGGGCGUAAAAUAGCCGAAUAUCAUAUCGGUCAAUAUAUUGUUUUGGAAGGAUUAAAUACGUGGAAAAAAAGUAAUGGCCAAUUGGAAAUUAACGGUGAUGCAUCAAGUGGUGCUAUGGUGUAUAAUGUUAGUAUGGCUAAGGGGUGGUUGGCUGUUUCGUCGUUGCAUAGUUGUUCUCUUUCAUUAGCAACUAUAAUCAAUAAUCAACAUAUAUAUCAAUUUAUUUGUCGAUGUUUGGUCACUGGUUGGGAGACAAAUGAUGAUUCAUUGGACAUAAGUUGGCGUUUGGAUGAUGGUACCGGUGUUAUUUUGGCCAAGGCAGUGGGCACUGUAUCACAGGAUAUUUUACACUCUAGUGGAAUUGAAACUUUGACAGAUAGCCUAACUAAAGCUAAAUUGAAAAAAGGGCAUCUGGGAACAAACCUCAUCGGCAAAAUGCUUUGGUGCUGCAUUUCAAUACUGGCUUCGGGGAAGUACCAGAUAAAUGCCGUGUUAGCAGAUUAUAGCGAUGGUUCACAUUCCAUUGCACAAGCAGAUUGCGCACGGAUGCUAAAAGAACUCUGA